CGCUUCCGCUCACCACAACCUCCACUCCCCUCUCUUAUCUUCCUUUCCUUCUCACGUUCCUGCGUUUAUAAGCUCCCCUGUCUCUCUUGUGCUGCUGCCGUCUCCCAUUUCUUCCUCCCUUCCCUACAGAUCUGAGUCUACCUGUUCAUGGCCUCCGCGACUCUCUGGGCGGCCAAUAGCGCUCUCCAGGGCAAGGGGUUCUCGGAAUUCUCAGGACUGCGGACCUCCUCUUCGUUUCCCCUGAGAAAGAUCAACACCUCCGAUGACUUCCUCUCCGUCGUCGCCUUUAGAACUGCUUCGGUGAGCGGCGGCGGCGGAUACAGGAAGGGCGCGACGGAAGCGAAGUUGAAGGUGGCCAUCAACGGAUUUGGCCGCAUCGGGCGCAACUUCCUGCGGUGCUGGCACGGCCGCAAGGAUUCGCCUCUCGACGUCAUCGCCAUCAACGACACCGGCGGCGUCAAGCAGGCCUCCCACCUCCUCAAGUACGACUCGACUCUUGGAAUUUUCGAUGCCUACGUCAAACCGGAGGGAGACUCCGCCAUCUCCGUCGACGGCAAGGUCAUCAAGGUCGUCUCCGACCGGAACCCAGCCAACCUCCCUUGGAAGAGCUUGGGCAUAGAUUUGGUGAUCGAGGGGACGGGAGUGUUCGUGGACAGGGAUGGAGCAGGGAAGCACAUCCAAGCCGGAGCCAAGAAGGUGCUGAUCACCGCCCCGGGAAAGGGCGACAUCCCCACCUACGUCGUCGGAGUCAAUGCUGACGCUUACAGCUCCGAUGAGGCAAUUAUCAGCAACGCUUCCUGCACCACCAACUGCCUCGCACCCUUCGUCAAGGUCCUCGAUCAAAAGUUUGGAAUCAUCAAGGGAACCAUGACGACCACCCACUCCUACACCGGCGACCAGAGGCUUUUGGACGCGAGCCACCGUGAUCUCCGCCGCGCUCGCGCCGCGGCCCUCAACAUUGUGCCUACUUCCACCGGCGCUGCCAAAGCCGUCGCGCUCGUGCUGCCGUCCCUCAAGGGCAAGCUCAACGGGAUCGCCCUGCGCGUGCCGACCCCGAACGUCUCCGUCGUCGACCUCGUCGUGCAGGUGUCGAAAAAAACCUUGGCCGAGGAGGUCAACGCGGCUUUCCGAGAGGCGGCGGACAACGAGCUCAAUGGCAUCCUAUCCGUCUGCGACGAGCCGUUGGUGUCCGUUGACUUCCGAUGCACGGAUGUAUCGUCGACGGUGGACUCGUCGUUGACCAUGGUGAUGGGCGACGACAUGGUGAAGGUGGUAGCUUGGUACGACAAUGAGUGGGGCUACUCGCAGCGGGUGGUGGAUUUGGCUCACAUCGUAGCCGACCAGUGGAAAUGAGCUGCAGCAUUGUGAAUGCAAGAAUACUACGCGCGUACGUCUUGACUCCGCCAUUAUUUUAAGCUUUCUAUUCCUAAUCCUGUAUACUGUGAUGAGAAAUCGAUCACUUUAAGUUUUGCUCUCUGCUUAACUCUGUAAUUCCACAUAUUAUAAGCUUAAUUUGUAUCAUAUCAAAUAUCAUUCAAAUGGGACUAUGUAUUUUUAUCUGUGA